ACUUUGUUAAGCAACGUGAUAUAGAUGAACGAUACGUCCUUGACCAACACCCAAAUUGCACUGCCGUAAAGGUAGACCAUUGACUGGUGAAACAAGAUCGCUUUGUUCCAGAUGGCGAAGAGAUCCCUUUCACCAAGCCAUCUGCUAAUCCAAAUCAUAAGGAUUAAAUAACUAAUAAUCUCUAUCAGAACCGACUUCCAUACUUCAUCUAUGAUGUUGAUCCAACCACCCCUUCUUCUUCUUCUCCUGCUGCUUCUGCUCGCUGGAGUAGAAGCAGCAUCCACAGUUUCCACAGACAGUAAUGGCUUCUCCUUCCUUUUCAAAGAUUCGCAGCUCGAUGGUGUACGAGAGAUCCAGCCAGAUGGUCGAGUGGUUCACAGCAACUACACCGAGAUGUUCGGCGUCGGUCACACCUUCUACUCUCGCCCUUUCCGGUUCAAAAACUCCCACACCAGCAACGCUUUGUCAUUCUCCACUUCUUUCGUCUUUGGAAUCAUACCAGAAAACCCUCUGUUCACGUUCCACGGAAUGACCUUUGUGAUUGCUCCAUCAAAAGCAGUGACGGAUGCAUCCUCUUCGCAGCAUCUUGGACUCUUUAACCGUACCAAUGACGGAAACGCCUCAAAUCACAUCGUCGCCGUUGAAUUCGACACGUUUAGAAACCUCGAACUUGACGAUAUGGAUGGCAACCAUGUGGGUCUUGAUAUAAACAGUAUAGAAUCUGUCUUCGCUGCAACAGCAGGAUAUUACAAGAUUAAUGGAGGUUUUCAAACCUUAACUCUUGCGAGCUCCAGAGAAAUCCGAGCAUGGGUUGAUUACGAUGGUGUUGAAAAGACCUUGAAUGUCACACUAGCUCCUCUUCCCUUCAAAAAACCUCAAAAACCUCUUGUAACAUGGAAGAAAGAUCUGUCACCUUUUUUACUCGAAGAAAUGUACGUUGGGUUUACUUCAGCCACUGGGGUUCUUCUUCAAACGUUUUACAUUGUUGGUUGGAGUUUUCAAAUGAAUGGAAAAGCUCAAGAAAUCGAUAGAUCAAAGAUCCCACCUUUACCUCUCAAGAAAAAAUCAACCAAAAAGAAAAAAAUGGCUUUAGAAAUUGGGUUAUCUUUAGGUGGAUUACUGGUUCUUUCAACUAUUUCAAUUUCGGUGAUUGUUUUGCUCCAAAGAAGAAAACGUAAAUUCGAAUUCGAAGAAGCUCUUGAAAGUUGGGAGGUUCAAUACGGACCUUGCAGGUUUUCCUACAAAGAUCUUUUCAUCGCCACAAAAGGGUUUAAAGAAAGUGAGCUGCUUGGAAAAGGUGGUUUUGGUCAGGUUUAUAAAGGGACCUUGCUGGACUUAGGAGCUCAGGUCGCAGUGAAGAAGAUAUGGCAUACAUCAAGUCAAGGAAUGAAGGAAUUCGUGGCGGAGAUCGCCACGAUAGGUCGGUUACGACACCCAAAUUUGGUCAGACUUCUUGGGUAUUGUCGAAGAAAAGGCGAAUUGUUUCUUGUAUAUGAUUAUAUGCCGAAUACUAGUUUGGAUAAGUUUAUAUUCAAUUCGAAUCCCAAAUCCACUUUAACAUGGAAACAAAGGGUCAAAAUCAUUAUCGACGUAGCCAAUGCAUUAGCAUAUCUGCAUGAAUGGUGUGAAGUUAUAAUCCAUCGGGACAUAAAAGCAAGCAACGUGUUACUUGAUGCCGAGUUGAAUGGUAAGUUAGGCGAUUUUGGGCUCGCGAGAUUUGGCAACAACAAUGGAACCGAUGCAAAAACGACCCAUUUGGCUGGGACCUUGGGAUACAUAGCACCUGAAUUGGCUCGCAAAGGAAAAGCCACCACCGCAACCGAUACUUUUGCUUUUGGAACAUUUUGUUUAGAGGUGGUUUGUGGUCGGCGACCUGUGGAAUUGAGACCGAGCAUGUCGCAAGUUUUGAAGUUCCUUUUAGGAAAGGAGCCAUUGCCACCGGAUUUCAAUGGUGUAUUGAAGAUAAGAGAUGACAAUUGGAGUCAACUUGGCCAUGCCUCUUCUAGUUCUUACUUUUCGCAAAUUCACUACUCGGGGACAUUGGAACCGAUCACCCACUCAUUAAUGUUUUCAGGGCGGUGAUGGGAACAAGUAUGUCAAAUGUGAUUUUUUUAUUUAUGGAAGAGAAAUCUUCAACACCCCGAAAAUUAGUAUGAAGUGCAACCGAAAAUUUUCUUGUUUAAAA